AAAAAUACUUGGACUUUACUACGAAGGAAUCCUCCCUCAGUUUUUCCUCCUCCUUGACUCAUGAGGAGUAGUUUGACAGAUCGUUAAAUCGGGACUCACCGGUUGCCGGUACGGCUCCGGAGGAGGGAUCCCGAGGCGACAGGAACGCUGACAAGCUGCUGCUGCGACCAGCGCAAGGACCCUGCGGCGUUAGUGAGGCGAAGUCACUGUCUGUUGGCACAGGACUUUUCAGUACACAGCUACUGAAUAAUGGAUAAACUGGAGUGCCACUCUCGUGUCAGAUGUUUUCAUAUCCACAGACUCCCUCAGAACCACCAGAGGUACCUUUGUUACACGGUCCCUGGUCCACGUAUCUUCAAUCUCUGUGUUACCAACGUUGUGGAUGUUUGGAGCACAGCUUUCAAUCAGCAAAAGCUGCAGGGGCAUAAGUCUGCACAUGGGAUAAAAACCACUGACGAAUAUCACAUUAGAACCAGAGAAGCUUUCCUGACGGAUGCAGUCAAUCUUACCGUUCUGGACAACACAAUUAUACUCAAACUUAGCCAGGAUGGCCAGGAUCUAAUUUUUGACCUGUACAAGUUACCCAUUUCUGAGACAAAAAUGGAGCUCCAGUCUGUGAUGUUUCAUUUGGUGGACCAAGUGCAUACCCUGCAAAAGCAAAUAAAAGUGUUUGAAGAAAGCAAUGCUAUAGACUUGGGGAAUAUGAUGCAGAGAACACAAAGGAUGUUCCUAACAGCUGAAUUUGACUCCAAGAUGAAGAAUAAUGAGCCUGGAUCUUCACAAGUGGCCAGGAAAAGACUGGCUGGAGAGUCCCUGAUAAAUCCAGGCAGGAAGAGAAAUAAAGCUCCCACUGGAGUGAGCUUUGAAGACAACAGCCUUGAUGAGAACGAGUGAAGUUCCCACUAAAAACAAACUGAACUGGAUUCAAUAUGACGCAAACACGAGGAAUUCUGCAGAUGCUGGAAGUUCAAGCAACACACAUCAAAGUUGCUGGUGAACGCAG